AUGGCGAUGGCCUUGUUCUUCCUGGCUCAAACCGUGAUGGGGUCGCUGUACAAAAUUCACAACAUCCAAAUGACCGAUGCGGCGUCGAACCCGUUCAACUUUGCGCUGCAGCGGGCCGAGAAGAUGUUUGCGACCGACCAAGGGCCGUUUCUCAGUUCGUCGGGCGAGUCUCGCAUCGAUAUGGAGAUCGAAGGGCUGCAUCUGACCCCCAGGAUGGACGGAUGGAAGGUCGUGGUGUACCAUUUCCACGCGGAUGACCUGUCGUUUCUCUUGAAGAUGGAGGAGAACAUCUACAUGUUUGCGUGCACCCCCGAGAAGGAGAUCUUUGCCACGGACGGCAGCAACCACUUCACGCACGAGGAGUUCGAAGUGUUCAACCAUAGUCUGAUCGCGACGACGUCGUACAAGGUCCUCUUGAGCGGGUGGGUCGACACCGUGGUGGCUGUGUGCACGAAGGAAGGUAGUCGGGCCGAAGACGCGCUCGACUUUACGGGCACGUUGACCGUGCUCAACCCGUAUGGGCUGUUGCCGGCGGUAUUUUACGGCCUCUUGCCGUUUAGUGGCUUCCUUGCGCUGGGGUAUUUGGCCCUGGCGCUGUUCUUUGGCCUGCUUUUGCUUUGCUACCGCCGGACGUUGAUCCGCCUUCAAUAUGGCAUCUUUUCCGUGUUGGGGCUUGGUGUCGCGUCAAGCAGCAUUUGGUUUAUGGCGUUCGCGCAAAUGAACUCGGAAGGCCAGCCGUUUCGGUGGCCGUUGCCACCGCUGUACAUCACCGCCGUCGUGUUUGACGUGGGGAUGCGCACGAUUGCUCGGGCGUUGCUCCUUGUCGUGUGCCUCGGGUACGGGAUUGUGCGCAACUUUCUCCCGCCGAUUCAAAAGUGGCUUAUCGUGUUUUUGUCCCUGGCGUACUUUGGCACGGGUGUCGGGGACGAUUUAUGGCGAGACGGAUCGCUGGACCACCCCCAAACUGCGCACCGUACCCGACCGAGUGUAUGGUCGUUUCUCCAGUUGCUGUGCAAUUUGUCGUUUGUGCUGUGGAUUUACGUGGCACUGGAAACCAUCCUCAAGGAACUUCAAGUGCAAAAGCAGUGGGCCAAGUUCGCCAUGUACAAGUCACUUGCGUGGGCCCUCGCCAGCUUUGUCGUGUUCUUUUCGCUCCUCACGCUAGUAUCGGUCUGCGGUCGAUUUGGAGUGUUUGAGUGGAAGAUUGAAUGGGAAUGGAUGCAGUUGGUGGCGUGGCCCCUCCUCAACUUUAUCGUAUCGCUCGCAAUGUGCUGGAUCUGGCGCCCCACCGCCCGGUCGUCCCAGUUUGCCUUUUCUACGCAGCUACCGGUGACAGAAGGCGGCGGUGACAGCGAUGACGACGACGAGACGGACAUGGAACUUGCGUCGGAAAGCCGCGUGCCGACGUUUACGAUUGACGACAUGGACAGCGACGACGCCGAAGAGCCGGAAGAAGGGGAAGUCACCACGCCGGACCAACCUGCGAAAAACGACGAUAAACCCGAACCGACGAUUCAGUAG